AUGCGAAAUCUCGAGGGAGACCGGGUUCGACCAACGAGAUGGGGUGACGUGUUUGCUGCACGGAUGGACCAGUUGAGAGCUCAACUGGAUACGGCUCAAGGACCUCGUCAACUGAAUGAGCUGAGUGAAAACAGAGAUUAUUGGGCGGAGGUGGAGACGGAUCCUGGGAUUGUGUUGGAGGACGGAAGCGACGACAGAAAGCGAGACGAGAAGGACCAGUCAAACGGCGUCACACUAGUGCGACACUGCCGGGAUGCAGUGACUCACGAAAGCAGCAAAAGAGCUUUAGUUCUGCUGCAAAAAUGUACAGAAAGUGCUAUUAUUUUUAUUAGUGAAGGCGAGCGAGGCGAGCACCAGAAGAAGUCUGAGAGCUUGGCGGUAUUUCAGUUGAUGCCUGUCUAUUUGACUCUCCUGGGCGGUCCACCAUGGGGCAUGCGUCUCGGCAGCGAUCAGGAACUCCGCCCCGUAAUCGCAAAGAUUUUGACGAACGGUCGUGCAGCACGAGAGGGACUGAAACCAGGAGACGUGCUAUACUCUGUGAAUAAUAUCCCCGUCUUCACGUGCAAGCAAGCUCACUCUCUUAUCCAGAAAGCAGAGGGGAAGUUGCGACUUGGGAUUGCCAAAAGUUCUGCCGGUAGCACCCCUAUCAGGAGUCCCAGGGAGGACAAUAACAGGUUUCUCAGCCCAUCCGCAGCGUACUUACAGUAUAGCCCAAGUUUUACAAAAAUGAAAAACACUCGACUAGAUUUGGAAGCAGCACGCGGCGGUAAUACGAAGCUUAAACGACGGUUCUUUGAGGAACAAAUUGCAAAGAACUGUGUAACGGAUCGUCUAUUGCAGAGAAAAAUCCAACUCGGCAUGGUUCACAACGGUGCUCCGAGUGAAAGCACUACGGGUUACGAUAGCGUCGGAGCGGACUUCGCUGGUUGUAGGAGUAACACCACCAGUUCGAUGACAUCGGCCAGCCCAUCACCAUCGGAUCACGACGAGGUUACUAUCGCAGAGAACACCAUUCACGCCCAUUCAACGCCGAAGUUCCCCAUCCGUUCCAUGCAGCCAUCGACGAUGUCGGCGGAGACGAACAACGAACGGAGCGAAACUGUGAUACCAGAUCGCAGGAGUGUCGCUGAACUUCGACGGCAAAUCACUUCACGUCUGGAAAUGAAAACGCCGGAUUCAUGCUCUCAGACUUCUAAAGGUCCGGAAGCACCAACUUCACCUCUUCCCAAUCGACAUUUCACCAGCAACUUCAUAAAGGUUUAUGAAGGUGCGGAUCCAGAGAACAAAAAGCCUUAUUUGGGCAGAGUUCUAGACGGACCCGUUGGGCCGGAUAAAUAUUUUCAAGGGGUAAUGCCAGCAAGCGCUAUGCAGUGCACAUCACCCGUUCCACAUUCGACUCCGGAAUCAAAACCUCCGACACCAUCGAAAACCACAAGGCGGAACUCGUUCCUCAAUCGUAUAGCCAGAGAAUCGUCACCUGUAGAAACGUUGACUCCGGCUGUCCAUGCGGAAAGCGUUGAAACACGGGCCGAAGUGCGACCCAGUGCAUUGACGAAUAGUUUGAGCCAAGCUGACCACCAUAAUGAAGUUGUGAGAUCGACCGGAUCUAACUCCAUCCAUAAUUUUGCUCCGACUCAAGAACUACAGCAUCCAGCAACUCUUUCGAAGCAGCCUAUUUAUAAUUUUGUUUCGUCGAGUCAAGAUCUGCAGCAUCCACCGACUCCUUCACAAAAUCCUAUUCGUAAUUUUGCUUCGAGUCAAGAUCUGCAGCAUCCGCCGACUCCUUCUCAAAAUCCUAUUCGUAAUUUUGCUUCGAGUCAGGAUCUGCAGCAUCCGCCGACUCUUUCACAAAAUUCUACUCGCAGUUUUACUUUGAGCCAGGAUGGGCAGCAUCCACCGACUCCUACAACGAAACCACUACCUGUCCAUAGUUUUGCUCCGAGUGAGGAUCUGCAUUAUCUGCCUACUCCGGCGACGACGCUGACGAAGAAACCAUUCACAGAGAAAAGUUUUGAGACAGUUUUCAACAUGACACCUAAUAGAAAGCCAUUUGAGGAAGUCAAAUCAACGAACAAUGCCAUCGAAGCUGACAAGCAUAAUGUUCGGAACGAGAGUAGGAUGCCCGAUUUGCUGAAAUCACGAAGUCCUGCUCCUUUUUCGCUAUCGACAUCACCGAACGAACGAACGACUCUUUUUUCUGGAAACACACUCCAUGACGACUUAACAUCCUCGUUGACUGAAGCCUUAGCCGCUUUCAACAGGCCAUUGCCGCAUUCGGACGUUACGAGCGACAGCGGAUACGACGGACGAGAAGAGCGAGCUCCGACUUCCGAGUCGACGAAAUUUGACGGACGUCCGACAUCUUCCGACAACGGACAUUCGGUGACCUCGUUCUUGACCGCCCCCGAGACCGUGGAAGAUCAUUCACCGUCAUCGGUUGCUCCGCCAAGCACCGUCGAGAUGGACAGACGAAUCGAGAGCAGAGACAGUCUCCUAAGCGGAUCGGAGAGCGCCGAUCACGCCCACUCAACUGCUGGCGAUGCAAUGUUGGACCGAUUCCAGGCCGGUCCUUCGUCACACAGAGACGAGAUGUCGCUGUGGUAUCGAAACAUGUUCAAGAAGAUGCACAAAGUUGAAGCACCUGAAGAGAGUUCCGUGUUGCGCCACCGCUUGAGAGAAGCCUCUCCUGCCCUCACGAUUAGUCGUCCAUUGACUCCGCUUUCGUUCACCGCUCCUACACCAUCACGCCAUGAAUGCGAAGUGACACCGCGAAGAGCCAGAUCUGUCGGACGAGUCGUCGAGCCGGAAAUGUUGGCAACCCGCAGCUCCACAAACCUCUACGCGAACGAAAGAGCCCGAACUCCGCACUUCCACCUUCCUAGCUACAAAUUUGUUCACGAAGACCCCCGUCCGUUAUUUGUUGACUGCGGUUCCGUGAAUGGCACACGAACGUGUGGAAUACGUUGUAUGCGCUGCGGACUUCGACGGAAAGAUCCAUCAUGGAAGGACAUCGAUGAGGUUUUUGAAGCCUUAUCUGCUGAGGAUCGAAAAAUGCUCAAUAGGACGCAACAAAUGCACUCGAGGGUCGCUUUGCGGUGUAUUACGGAGAAUUUGGAUGCGACCGCGGCAGAACUCUCAGUGUUCAUUCAACGGCUGGAGCAGUAUUGGAAACGUUCCAACAGCUCCCCUCAAUUAUCCGUUUGUGACCAAAGCGGCUCUUCGCUGACAGCAGCAGCAGAAGAGUUGGCUGAAUUGAAGAGGAUCUCAAAAGAAGAGCUUCUAUAUCGUCAUAAAGCAGAAAAACUGGCGGAGGAGCUCCAAGAACAACGUAAUCGACGUCAUGGCUACGUGCCCACUGCGUCACCAUCAUUGCUUUAUAAUAAGGACAGGUUCGGUGGUCUUCUGGACGAAUACAGUAAUCGUCCAAGCCCAACUCCCCUUCAUGCCACAUCUGUUCGCACAGCGACUGCAAUAUUCAAAUUCGAUGCUAAAUCUUCCAGAGAACUGUCUCUAAAUCGUGGCGACAUAGUUCGGUUAAGAAGAGAAGUCGAUGCGAAUUGGUUGGAGGGAGAACGAAACGGACAAAGUGGAAUUUUUCCACGCAGUUAUGUCCAGAUGGACGACGAGUUCGAUCGAUCACAAAGUAAACUGAGGGCGAUUUAUCCCUUCACUGCUAGAAGUGUAAAUGAGCUUAGCCUCAAGAUGGGAGAACUGGUGACACUGCGAAGGGAAAUCGAUGAAAAUUGGAUUGAGGGUACAAAUCAUCUUGGAGAGAUCGGCAUAUUCCCGAGGAACUAUGUACGACAACAGCAUGAUUACGGGCAGAAUGACGAGAUCGCCGUGUCAUCUCCAGAUCGUCCGAAAACGCCGAAGACCUAUGAGAAUGAGAGGCCGAUUGGUGUGACUAAAUCGUAUUCCAGCAGCGCUUUGCACGAAACCAGCAUUCUUCCGCACACUUCGAACCAUACUGAGGAUCGAUUGCCAGGAAAUGCUCUAAGCAACGAAAGAAGCUUCACGAACGAUCGCUCAAGGAGUAGCAAACGAGAGGACCGACGAUCGGAGAGACACCUCUGCACGGCAGAUAAAAUCCCAAGGGGUAGUCAGACUUACCGAGCCCUUUAUCGAUAUGUUCCAACCAAGGACGACGAAGUGGACUUAGAAGUAGAUGACAUAGUUUUUGUUGUCGAAAAAUGUGACGAUGGUUGGUAUAUUGGAACAGUACUACGAACUGGGCAAUUCGGGACAUUUCCUGGGAACUAUGUCGUACGGCAUUAG